AUGGCACCUCGCGACCCAUUACCCGCGCCCGAUCCUCUUCCAAACGCCAUUCCGAUACCUGCUCCCGUAGGCGACUACGGCACCCAGCUCAACCUCACCACCGCCGCGAAUCCUUUCAGCCAUGGCUUGACGGGCGUCAACCAGGGCCUGAACUAUCUAUUCGUCUACACGCUGGUCUUCUCUUUCCUGGUGUUGCUGCUCCUCACCCUCUUCUACCGAUGGAUGCUCAUGGUGAGAGCCCAUCUGCGGCAUCUGCUCAGCAUGGGCCGUGAAGCCGAUCAAAGAUAUUGGAUGUACAACCACACACGAUUUUGGCCCAGAGUCAAGAAAUACCUGCUCUACGCACCACUCUUUCGAAACCGACAUAAUCAGGAGAUCCAACUCUCUCAAGCCGUCACCAUUGGCACUUUGCCGUCGCGAUACCACACCAUUCUUCUCCUUGUGUACUUGGCUUCGAAUGCCGCCUAUUGCCUGGUUCUGGACUGGAGCCUGGAACACAAUGCGGUCAUUGCAGAAUUGCGAGGAAGAUCAGGCGUGCUGGCUGCGCUGAACCUCAUACCAACGUUUCUCUUCAUGAUGCGCAAUAAUCCUUUAAUACCGCUGUUGCGCGUUUCUUACGACACAUUCAACCUUCUCCACCGUUGGUGCGGCAGGAUGGUCAUCUUCGAGAGCAUCAUCCACACUAUCAUGUGGGCCGUCAACGCCUAUGAAGCUGGCGGAUCCAAACAGCUUGGAGUCUCACUGGAGACGUCGCUGAGUUAUCGAUGGGGCAUGGUGGGCACAGCCAUCUUUACAUUCAUCGGAAUUGUUUCGGUUGGACCAGUCCGGCAUGCUUUCUACGAGACAUUCCUCAACGGACAUCGAAGUCUGGUUCUGGUCGGAAUGAUCGGUGUCUAUAUCCAUCUAGAUGCGGCCGGGCUACCACCACUACCUAUGGUACAAGUCAGUCUUGCAUUCUGGGUCUUUGAAUGGCUGUGGCGAAUCUCGAGGAUCAUCUACCACAACGCGAGCCGCAAGCGAGGCCUUACUCGGGUCACGGUUGAAUGGCUACCAGCGGAAGCAUGUCGAGUGACGUUCGAGAUCAGGCGGCCUUGGAAAUUCACGCCAGGCUGUCACGUUCACGCGUUCAUCCCAGCCCUGGCUCUUUGGUCCAGCCACCCGUUCUCAAUUGCUUGGGCAGAGAACCGACCCAAGAAUCCGCCGAUGGAGAUCGAAAUGGAGAAGCUGGCCCCCGUAGAAAUGGCCUUCACCACCGAGUCCGCGCGGAGACCCAUGGCAACCUCUCGAGCAUCACAAUACUCGAGGAAGAGCGUCAGUUUGGCUGCCAUGGCCAAUGCAGCUGAGGCGGCGCACAAACCGGAAGACAACAAUCUGGCGCUGCCCCGCGAAUCCGGCGUCACCACAAUAUCUCUCAUCGUACGAGCACGGACAGGGAUGACGCGGAAGAUGCACGACAAGCUGGUGAAACAAGACAAAAAGCCAUUCAUCACUUGGGGAGCGAUCGAAGGCCCUUAUGGAGGACACGAUUCGCUCUCGUCGUACGGCACUGUCAUUCUCUUCGCUGGCGGCGUUGGCAUCACACACAUGAUUGGACACAUCAACCAUCUCAUGCUCCAGUACCAGACUGGAAUGAGCAGUACGCGCAAGAUUCUUCUUGUGUGGUCAGUACCCAACACAGAAGCAUUGGAAUGGGUCCGCGCUUGGAUGGACCAGAUUCUCAGGAUGGAGGGCCGAAGAGAGGUUCUUCGAAUCCAGCUGUUUGUGACCAAACCCAGGCAUAGGGGCGAAGUCGUCUCCAGCACAGGAAGCGUCCAGAUGCUGCCCGGCAGAUGCAAUCCAGAAACCAUCAUCAGAAGGGAGGUUCCUGAACGGAUAGGAUCCAUUGGAGUGCAGGUGUGCGGGCCCGGUGCAUUCUCAGAUGCCGUGAGAUCAGCCUGUCGGUCAGUCGUGACUGAUUGCUCGCUUGAUUUCAUCGAGGAGGCGUUCACGUACUAG